AGGAGGUCAAUAUUCAUCGCCCUCUUCCUGGACUCCAACUAAACCUCCCCUCUCUCGAUUCUCAACUAUAUAUACAAUACAAGCUGAGGGAGAGAGCCUUAUCCCAAACUUCACUGGAAACAAAACAUAAGCUCCAAUAGUUGGCGAAGAAGCUCAAAUCCUCCAAUUUUUUCACGAUCUCAAGAAGCUCAAUAAGAGAGAGAGGGAGUAGGCAAAAACCAGCAUCAUUAAUUAAUUAGUAAUGGCCUUCGGGGUUUCGGAUGAACUGUUGGGCACCUUUGUACCCGUUGCAGUCUACUGGAUAUACUCAGGAUUCUAUGACCUCCUCGGCGACCUCCACAAUUACAGGCUCCAUCCGAAAGGCGAAGAAGAAAUCAAGAACGUCGCGACCAAAGGAAUGGUCAUCAAAGGAGUUCUCGUACAGCAGGCCUUUCAGAUCGCCGUCUCCCUCCUCUUGUUCACGCUAAUCGGCCAUGAUUCAGGGACCGCCCCCCCUCAGCCUUCAUUCUUCAGGAUCGCGAUCCAAUUCGUGAUCGCGAUGUUUGUGAUGGACACGUGGCAGUACUUCGUGCACCGAUACAUGCACGUAAACAGGUUCCUGUACAGGCACAUCCACUCCAAGCACCACAGCUUGGUAGUCCCCUUCGCCUACGGUGCUCUCUACAACCACCCAAUUGAAGGGCUUCUACUAGACACACUCGGCGGCGUGCUCUCCUUUCUGAUCUCCGGCAUGACUCCCCGAACAUCAAUCUUCUUCUUCUCCUUCGCCACCAUCAAGACCGUCGAUGAUCAUUGCGGGCUCUGGCUCCCUGGAAAUAUAUUUCACCUCUUGUUCGCGAACAACUGCGCGUACCAUGACAUUCAUCAUCAGCUGUACGGGAACAAGUAUAACUUCUCUCAGCCUUUCUUCGUGACGUGGGAUAAGAUUCUGGGGACUCAUAUGCCUUUCUCGCUUGUGGAGAGAGAGGGAGGGGGGUUUGAGGCUCGACCCAUGAAAAAGAUCGAUUAGGAUCGGGUUCAUCUGAGUAUGAGAGAAGCCAAAAGUUACUAGCUAGUUGACUUUGUAAUGUUUACUCUGUAUCAAUAUAAUCGCAAGGUAGAUUUGCGAUUAAUUGGUUGGUCGUUGAGAUUGAUGAGAUUGAAUAUAUUGCUUCUCUUGGUUUGAGCA